GGCAGAAUCUCUGCUGUUAGAGGGCACCCCGAGAUUGCGCGGUAGCUGCAAGGCCCGAAUGCACCUGAAAUGAUGCAUGAAUCUCGUACCGCUUCUUACUCAGCUCUGUGAAGAUUUAACUGCGCCCGCGAUUCUCCCUCAGAAGGGCUUUCCUCGCGCCACCACCCUCUCUCACGUCUCGUGGAGGCCUUCUCGUUGCAAUUUGAGGCACAGGCGGAAAAAUGGCAACGCGUCACGAGACAACGAGCAGUCGGUUGUCGAAUCCAGAGUGGGAUGCGGAAAAGAGGCCUAAAAUGGGGGAAGACGGACUUCCUUGGACAGCGCUAGAUGGGGAAGACUCAAAGAGGCCUGCAACGGGGAAUGUCGAAGUUACUUGCAAAGUACAAGAUGAGGAGCACUUGGGCAAUGUCACGCUGGAGAGCGGGCGCGAAGGACUGCGCUGUCGGUUUGCGUGGAACGCCAGUGUGGCGGACUUCCCAGCUCAACCCCAGAACAAGGGUGUCAAUUGCCACUGCUCCUCUGAGGCUAUGAAGAAUGCAACCAAAGUGUCUGUGGUUCUACCCACCGGAGAGGAACUCAUUUGUGAUUCUGUUCUACCUUCCAAGCCUGGAGCUGACGUCCCAAAUGUAGGGAGUGUGUACAAGAGGUUGUCUUUCGUAGACCGGUACUUGUUCGUGUGGAUCCUCGCCGUUAUGGCAAUCGCCCUCGUGGUGGGUUACAAGAGGCGAGAGGUGGCAAGGAAGCUCCAAGUCGCUGAAAUCGCGUCUGUUUCACUUCCUAUCGCCAUUGGCCUCUGGAUUAUGAUGUUUCCCGUCCUCUGCAAAGUCAAGUACGAAAUUCUGCCCGGCAUGCUUCGAAAGGGGCAACUCACUCGCACCCUCGUCGUCAGCCUGAUCUUCAACUGGCUUAUAGGACCCGCCUUGAUGACCGCACUUGCUUGGGCCACGCUCCCCGACCUCCCAGACUACCGAACAGGAGUCAUCCUUAUUGGUAUUGCCCGAUGUAUUGCCAUGGUCCUGAUCUGGAACGACCUCGCAAGGGGUCACUCCGAGCUCUGUGCUGUUCUCGUUGCCGUUAACUCCACUCUUCAAAUUCUGCUCUACCUCCCGCUCGCCCUUUUCUACAUCAAGGUUUUGGGUGGUUCGAGCGUCAACGUAAGCGUUUGGGACGUGGCCAAGAGCGUGCUCCUGUUUCUCGGUGUUCCUCUUGUAGCUGGCAUCGUCGUGCGCUACGCCAUAUUCCUAAUUGCAGGCAAGACGUGGUUCGAGAAGCGGUUCGUACCCGUCAUCAGCCCUCUAGCGCUCAUUGGCCUCCUCUUCACCAUUUUCGUCAUGUUCGUCAGUCAAGCGCACUCCAUCAUUGACAACAUCGGAAAUGUCUUCCGCGUGGCUGUGCCUCUCCUCCUCUACUUCAUGAUUGUCUUUUUCUCCUGCGUGUUCAUCUGCCGGGGCAUCAAGAUGACUUAUGAGGAAGUUGUGACCCAAUCUUUUACUGCUGCCAGUAACAACUUCGAGCUCGCCAUUGCUGUGGCGGUGGGCAGCUUCGGCAUCGACUCUGCGGAAGCGUUGGCAGCUACUAUUGGUCCUCUCAUUGAAGUGCCUGCACUCAUUGCUCUCGUCUACGUUUCUCUCUUUUUUAGGAAGAAAUUCUUCUAGGGGUGCUUGUGGUCUCGUCCCUUACACCUCUCCAGGCUUGAUCUGGAGUUUUAAUAGGAAAGAUUGGACCUAAUGAGGAGAAUUUUUAGUGAGACGUUGAUACCUCAGUAAUACAGUGGAAUAGCUUUUUCUUUUUUUUUUCUUUUUUUUUUCUUUUCUUUUUCCGUUCGUUUUUCCCAUGGCAGGUGCUUAUUUUCGCGCAGGUUAUCCGAGUUUGCGGUGACAGUGACCAUGUGUUUUAGGUGACAAAGCAAUUCAGCUUAUUGAGCUCUUCAGAGAUUCAUCUAUUGCUCAGUUACUGCUGGUUUCGUCGGAAAUGCUAUAGCUGCAGGAGUCAUAGCUCCAGUGUUAAUAUCCGCAAAAUUGGUGGAUAUCUUAUGGAUCGUCCUAGUUCUGUUCUCAAUGUUCUGUAUUGUCAAGAUUUAUUGUUAUGAUAUUGAUUUCGUUAGCUGCAAUAUUUAUGGCGUUUUAA